GUCCCGGCUCUCUUCUCAUUGACGCGAUCGCCGUGAGCAUAUGAAUUUCGGGGGCACGAUUCAACAUUACCUAUCUUCUUCUACCCUUACAACUUCACAACCCAAUUGAUGACACCACUACUUGAAAAAGUUGUUGUGAAGGUUUCUUUAGCCUAUUUUUGUCAAACUACCUACUCAAAUUCUUAUAACUCAAUUAUCGACCAGAGGGUCAUGCGACAACACUACCUAGUACUGAGUUCGCACGAUCAUAAAUCAGCAAUCGAUAAUUUAUUUUCAACGUCGUACCUACCUGUUUCGUGUCUACUCAUCUAGGCUAUGGUACCUUAGAAUAUCACUAUCCCCACAACACCUCGCCGAAACCAUCCUAAAUACCUACCCUUCGUUUCCUUCUAUCAUCUAUCAUCCAUCAUCCAUCAUCCAUCGUAUUGCCCAGCAUGGCAUCUCGCUCUGAUGCCACAGUCCCGUCCACGAGACGACCUAGAAAGUCAACCGGGCACUCGCCUGUGCGCAAGAGGAUGGAAAAAGAAAACAUCACUGUCGACAUGGCUAGUUCUUUGGCCGUUAAUGGAGGGCGAAAGAAGUCACGAAGCAAAAGUGUAGGCCCUGGCGGAUUGGAUGCUCUAAAGCCUGGCUCUGGAAAUAGGCGUGUGUCUAUAGCCGCCCCCGUUAAACCUCCCCCGAGAUCGAUUCUUAAGCCAACGAUUCCACCGUUGCCUGAAAUCCCCUCGUACAAAUCCAAACAUUCUCGUAUCUCCCCACCUUCCAUGGCCGGUCAUGGAGCCGAUAAACUACCUCACCUCUUCCAGAAUGAUGACUCCAAUUCAUCUGGCACCAAAAUCGCUCUACGAACCGAAGAGGAACAACAAGCUGCUGCGCGAGAGAGAGAAGAACGAGAACGAGCUCAGUUAGAAAAAGAGAUUAAUGAUCGCCGCGAAGCCCGAAGAAAGUCCCUUGCUAAUCGAAGAGUUUCCUUCGCAGCCGAGGCUACCCUUCACACAUUUCAUGAAGUCGAGUAUAUGCAAGACUCGACAACUUCAACAGAUUCCACUAGACGAGCAUCAUCACUUGCUGCUAAUCAUCAAGACCCAGAGCCGUCUGACCCACCAUCGACCCCCCCAGAGCAGGAGGAUGAUAUUGUUCCUGAUUCUCCCGAAAAUCAACGCGACAUGCAUCAACGAAACAGGCGCAGAAGCUCUGGUGUUCGCUCACUCAAUUUCAACAAUAACAAUGACGAUACCCUGGCUUCGAGUGUCUAUAGCUCAGAUUCUGAAGGCACAGAGGGCCCGAUGGAGGUGCAUGAGGAGAUUGGUUCGGAUUCUGGCAGCGAUUCUGAUGCUGAUGGCGUGACAAUGGAUAUUGAUGUUGAGGUUACCGGUACUUCGGUUGCAUCUGCUAUGUCUGCUCGCUCAGUUUCUCCUGAUGAGUCAUCUGAUACGCUGGAUUCCGCUCUCAGACUUGCCUCUCGCCAAGCUGUCACCCAAAGUCUUGAUGAGGAAGAAGAGAUUAUUCCAUCAUUCGGCUGGGCAAGAAAACCCGCACCCGCACCUAAGCAGCCGAGUCCUUUACGCGAUCAGGAGAAUACACAAAACGCCUUGAAGGCUGACCAGGCCAGAGACAACUACGAACAGGAAGAUACUGAGGGCAUGGAUAUGGACAUGGACAUGGAUAUGGACAUGACCAACGCUGUCGGCGGCAUCAUCAAAACCCACCAGGAGUCCCCCGACGAUGCCGAAGAAGAGAUGUCGAUGGAUGUCACUCGAGUCCUAGGAGGCAUACUUCCCCAACGCAAUAGAACACAAAAAAUGCAAUUCUCUAGCCCGGACAAGAACGAAGAGGACUCGGCAGCUGAGGACGCGCCUAUGGAUUUUACUACAGCAGUGGGCGGAAUCCGAAAAGGCCCGCAAUCGGAAAAUAGCCUCUUUGAUCCAGAUGAUAAUGAGGAUAUGUCAAUGGAAAUUACUUCUGCCAUAGGCGGAUUCCUUUCCAGCAACAAUAUUAACCCUGCCACCAGACAAGCGUCUCAAAGCCGACGUCGUACUAUUGCACGUGGCGAUGAUGAAGCUACAAUGGACAUGACAGUUGGUAUGGGUCGUAUCAUUCCUGCUGGCGAAGACGACGAGAAUGAUGAGGAUGCCACAACAGGAAUGGAUAUGACUAUGACUAUGGCGAUGGGUGGGAUUAUCAAGGGUCCACCUUCGGCCAAGGACCGAACUGAAGCCAGACAGGUCAUGGAGCAGGAGGCUGAUGAAGACGAUAGUGUACCAGGGUUACGCUCAUCCUCUAAGCGACGCCUAUCCGCAGCCAUCGCUGGCAAGGGAGCCUCAGAGACAGGAAGCCCUGGAUUGUCCAUGUUUCGAGGAAAUGGACUUCGCCGCAGUAACGGUUGGCAAGAAUCAGCCACUCCGAAAAGCAGUUCACCUGUCCGGAAUGUGUCACCCCCAAAAUCUGCCAGUCCAUUCAAACUAGGUACUCCCAACAAACAGGGACCUAGGACUCCAUUGAAAGAUCCACCCGCGAGGAAGUCCAAGUCACCUUCUGCUUCGAAGACUCGGCGUGGUUCUAAUGUGGCUUCUACACCUAGAUCCGCUUCUAAGAAUGGCCAGGCGACGUCGAUUUUUCAACAAGACCCUACGACCGGUGUGUCUACGCCACGCGUCGUUCUAACUCCUCAGAGGAGAAGGCUUUCGGGCGUGGGCGCUGACAGACCGGGCCUUGGAUCCCCCAAGGUGGCGGCUAUCUUCGACCGACGCGGGUCGAUUGGUGAUACAGCAGACGACUUCGUACCCCGUGAAAUCACUCGGAAUGUUUCCUUUGCCAAUCCUCAGAUAUUGGAAUUUGAAAUAGAACGAGAACGCCAACUGGAACUAGAAAAAGAAAGUGGCCAGCUUUAUGGCGGGGCUGACGGUGCAGACGAAGACCACACUACGGCAAGUCUAAAGGACAUGAUUUCUAGUAUGACCCCUAAGAAGAACCCUUUUAAGGGACGUAAAAGCUUGCAUGUAGGCAGUGCCAAGGGUCUUCUCGGAAAGCGUCCUAUGGAGCUUGACGACGAUGAGGAAGCUGAGGAGAGGGAUGGCAUCAAGCGACUCAAGAAUCAUCAAAGCAGUCCUGUCAAGAAUGUCCGAUUACACGCGCCUCCUUCAAAGGCGGAAACGACGGGACGAAUGACACGUUCUGCCAGCAAAGAAUUAGAAAACGUCAAUGACUACAGAGUCGCUACUACGCCAGUUCUUUCGCCUAGAAAGACACCCGCUAUAAUGUCAUCCCCUCGGGGUAAAGAGCGUUUUGGAGAAGUUGAGUCUAUUCAUCCUCCUAGCCAAACCACCUUGAACGAAUCACAACCUGUGUUCGAACCCGAUGUUCAAAUGGAUGAUAAUGACGACAACGACGACGAUGGAGAGCGAAUCCACCUACAGGACUUCUUGAACAUGACCAACAUUCGUUUUAUGGAAUUAACCACAACGAAACGACGACACACCCAAGCACCUAACACUUCAAAUAACGGCACUAUGCAAGGCGAUGAAGACAUAUCUUUGCAGCGAUGUGUUGUCGCUGGUGCUUGUACAGUUCCCAUGCUGGAGCUAUUUCAACAUUCUUGUCGAGAGCUGAAAAAGUAUAUCUCAGAAGGUCGAAAGAUAGUCCACGAAAUCGAGACGGAGACUUUGGAAGAAAACCCAGCUCUUUUCAAAGAAUAUAUGUCAGCAACACCCGAGUAUAAGGCUUUCAUGGAUAACCAGUUCAAGAACGUCAAGACACAUGCCCGGCUGUUAAGCAAGGCCAUGUGGUAUGAAUGGCGUAUGAAGCUCCAAGAUGGUCUGAAAGAAGGCCUAGUGAACAUUGGCGAAGGAAUGGAAGCCGAUGAAGAGCUUCUACACAAACAACAGGAAUUGCUUGACAGUAUUCUACCUGCGUUGACGAAACAAUUCGAGUCUCUAGUAAUAGAACACGACAAUUUACAGUCCGCGGCACAGGAGCUGGCAGACGAUGACCCCGAAGAACUUCAAAUGGCUCGAUCCGAGCUCGAGGAGGUUGACUUGGAUAUCCAAGCAAAGAUGCAGCAAAUCGAACAGUUACGGCAGCAACUUGACGACACUGAAUCUGGCAUCUCCGAGUUAUCAGAGAAAAAACAGGCGUGUAUCUCUGAUAUAGAGAAAGCAGAGAAGAUUCGCGAAGCGAAUAAGGGAUGGGCUACUAGCGAUGUUGCUGCGGCGAAAGCCAAAUAUGAUGAAGUUGUGAAGCGACAUGGUUGGAGCCUAUUGCGUUCAACGGGUGAGCAUGGGCUCGCGCUCGCAUAUCUUGGCGAGAUUGAGGUCAUCUUUGACUGCGCUUCGUUCGCAGGUUUGAAGCCAAAUGGAACAAUCGAGUUGUUCCAUAUUAGUCGGGAGGAAAACCCAACACCACCUACUCCAGAAAAACUGUUCUUCCUCCAAUGCAUCCGAAACCACGUUAGAGGCUUGGUUCAGAAGGAGACUAGGCCUAAGGACUUCCUAGAUAUGAUCAGUGCGGGUUGGAAGAAAGCCAAGCAUACCGCAGAAAAUGUGCGUCUCUUGAAUUGCUCGUUCCGAACCACCGUCACUAGAGUGUCGGAUCACCUCGCCAUCAAGGCACUCGUGCUAUUGACACCAUGCAAAACAAAGAUAGAGAUUACACUCAAUCUGCAUGGCCAGAGCACUCCCACUGGUAUCGAAGUCAACAUCGUCCCUCAGGCACGAGUUGUAUACGGAGAACAGUUCAAGGCGGAGAAUAUUGUCGAGUUUCUCACGGCCAAGAUUGGCACGCGAGUGCUCACAAAUGAGGAGCAGGGCAGCAUGAAGAAUUGGGGCGAUGUUGUUGUCGAGUUGGAGGAAAAGUUACUUGCAACGGGACAGAAAUAAGCGGAGGACGGAACAUGCCUAUUCCAAGGCUGUUUUUUUGGCCCCUUGGCCUGUUUUGCUAUCACGACUCACGACUGUUUCUUUUACGCACCUCGAAUGCCUAGAUUCUUGAUGAGGAAGGGGUGUUUGGUGGCGUACCAUUAGCUUAGAUAGAUACCAUUACCUAUUUGCAUUGUCACCUUUUACGAAAAAGAUUUUGUUGAAUCCGUUGAGCUCUGUUGUUGAUUAGCUGUUUUAAGUGGGCGAUACAUACAUCCCCAAACCGACCGCUCGACCAGCCACUCCAUCUUCUCGGUUUCCCUGUCCACUUUCGCAAACAUGAAGCUCUCGAACUCGGUCUCGGCGCCGUCGCGGAGGAACUGGUGGCUUUUGACGGUGUAAAAAUAGAUAAAUAGGUACUUCUAUGCUUAUUUGAGGUUGGG